CCGUAGAGCAUCGUCCAGCGCGCGCUCGGAAAGAGGAAACUAGUUUCAUAGAGGGUGAAACCUGUGUGCGUGCGCGCGCGCUCGCGCUCGCAGCUGACCGAAGGCCACUGCAUCGAUUCAGUGAAAUGUCUCGCUCGACUUCCGUGUCUGUCAAUUUAACCGAGCUUCCGUGUUGAAAAGAACCUCGCGAAUAUUAAUAUACGAUGCAAACGAUUCCCGAGGAUUUAACGGCGCUCAUUUCAGACUUGGAGGCCUUUCUCUUGAGUGGUCUGAAAGGAGAAAACUUGAGCAAGAAAGCAAAGGAGAAGAGAGAUGUCUUCAUCAAACGGAUUAAGGAGAUCAGAGCAAGUUAUCCUCAGGACUUUAAGGACAAACGAGAAACGGAAGAGUCGGAUGAGUUCGAUGAAGCUGACAGCACCAAUGACGGAGGAUCUCUGAACUCAGAGCGCACUGAUAAGGAUGAGGAGGCUGCCUAUGAUGGUGCUCAGCAGUCUCCCCCUGUGGCUGCUCAGGACCUCCCUUCUGUUUUCAAAGCUGGGUACCUGGAGAAGCGCAGAAAAGAUCACAGCUUUUUUGGAACAGAAUGGCAGAAGCGAUGGUGUGCCCUUAGUAAACGCACCUUUUACUACUACGGGAGUGAAAAAGAUAAGCAGCAGAAAGGAGAGUUUUGCAUUGAUGGGUACGCUGUGAAAAUGAACAACACAUUGCGCAAGGAUGCAAAGAAAGAUUGCUGCUUUGAGAUCUCCGCUCCUGACAAACGUGUUUAUCAGUUCUGUGCUGCUUCUCAGAAAGAAGCUGAGGAGUGGGUAGAGCAAAUUAGCUUUGUGCUAAAAGAUGGUGUAUCCGACAUCAUUCCUGAGGAAGAUGAGCAUCUAACGUACGAUGAUGUUGGUAAUACCAGCGAGACCAACUUACCUCUGGUAAGAGAGGCUGACAUAGAUGACGGUGAUAUUUACGAGGAACUCCCAGAAGAAGAAGUACCCAGCAAGCCCGUAGUGGAAGUGCAGAGCAAGCCGCCCUCUUCUGCUGUGCCUGUGAACAAGAGCACCGACUACAAGAACUACUACCAGGGAAAGUGGGAUUGCACUGGAGACCAUCCAGAUGAGCUCUCAUUCAAGCGUGGUGACACCAUCUAUAUCCUAAGCAAGGAGUACCAGAACUUUGGCUGGUGGGUUGGUGAGAUGAAAGGCUCCAUUGGCAUUGUGCCCAAAGAUUACCUCAUGGAGCUGUAUGCCAUAUGAGCGCUCUGAGAGCUUUCUGAACCUCUUCCCUUCUCUGAAAAAUGAAGCAAAACUGAAAAGAAGUUGGUGCCAGGAUGUAUGUUUUGGAGAAGGAUGCUGGGAAUUGAAGCCAUUCAAUGAUUUACCUGCUUCAGCUUCUGUGCCAUAACUAACUAUGAGCAGAAAUAAACUUUUUUCCCCUGUAAAAACUAUUUCACUAACCACAGAUGUGCAUCAAUAUGAACAGUUUAGCUUCUCAGAACUGAGUCUCAGAUUUUUCUAGAUUAAUGGACUCCAUCUGUGUUGUCUUCUGCAUCAUCUGCAUUUAAUUGAGCAGACUAACAGUCUGAAGCAAUUGUGCGGCAAGACAAACUCAUUCUGUUUAUUUAAAAUCGCUUUGUGGAUAACUGAUUUGCUGUUGCUUUUAAGCAGUACUAUAUUACUGGCCUCUGUAAAGCGGCUUAUAGUUAGACAGAAUCCUGCUAAAUUAAU